AUGUCCGCCAUCCGCGCCCUCAGCCUCCGCGCCACCCCCUCCGCCCUCAGGGCUCCCCUCGCCUUCAAGCGAACCCUGGCCACCCCCGUCAACUCUCUCCUCACCCCACUCCUCCCCGCAAAGACCCCUGCCGCCCUCCACUUGAAGUCUGGCCAGAGCUACUAUGGCAACAGCUUUGGUAGCGAAAACUCCAAGUUCGGUGAGACCGUCUUCUCCACCAGUAUCACCUCUUACACCGACUCCAUGACCGACCCUUCCUACCUGGGUCAGAUUCUGGUCUUUACCUCCCCCAUGAUCGGGAACUACGGUGUGCCUAGCAACGCUUCCCCCCCCGAGUACCCCGGUAUUCCCUUCCUCGAGUCUGACAAGAUUCAGUGUACCGGUGUCGUUGUCUCCGACGUCGCACUCAAAUACAGCCACUACCAGGCCGUCGAGUCUCUUCACGAGUGGUGCCAGCGAUACGAUGUCCCCGGUAUCACCGGUGUCGACACCCGUGCUAUCACUAGCUUGUUGAGGGACCAGGGUACCACUCUUGGUCGUCUCGCCGUCGGCGAUGAUGCCAGCGUCAUUCCCUCAGCUGCCGACUUCUGGGACCCUUCCAAGGACAACCUUGUUGCCCAAGCCUCUGUCAAGAAGGCCUACACCCUCAACGCCAAGGGCUCUGGUCCUCGAAUCGCCGUCCUUGACUUUGGAACCAAGGCCAAUAUCCUCCGAUCCCUUGUCCGACGCGAUGCAGUUGUCACUGUCCUCCCUUGGGACUUUGACUUCAACACCGUCCGAGACCAGUAUGACGGUCUCUUCCUUUCCAACGGUCCUGGUGACCCCAAGAUGAUCAUGGACACCGCUAUGCGAGUCAGGCAGACCAUUAACGAGUGGAACAAGCCCAUCUUUGGUAUCUGCAUGGGUCACCAGAUCCUUGGUCUGGCUGCCGGUCUUGAGGCUUACCGAAUGACCUUUGGUAACCGAGGUCACAACCAGCCGGUUCUGGCUUUGGCCAGCUCUGGAAGCAUCUCGGCGGGUCGAGUCUACGUCACUUCUCAGAACCACCAGUAUGCUCUUCGCUUGACUGAAGACUUCCCUGAGGGUUGGGCUCCCUUCUUCAUCAACUGUAACGACUCUUCGGUUGAGGGCAUCAUCUCCACACCCGAGAGCGGCAAGAGGAUUUGGGGCGUGCAGUUCCAUCCCGAGUCUGCUGGUGGUCCCCUCGACACCAUUGAGAUGUUUACCGAUUUCGUCAACGAGUGCCAGGCUGGCCGAUCUGGCAAGCAUGGGGCCAUGAUUGCCAACGAAGUCAAGGUUGACGGACAUGCAGCUGCUGCUGCCUCCGCUUGA